UCGAGUUGCCAUGGAAGAAAGCAAAAAUCACAUUUUUGUAAAUCCCUUUGACAACAAUAUACUCCAAACUUUUUUUAUCUCUUUCAUCUUUAUUUCUUCGAACUUCAAACCCUUAAAUCUCUCCAUAUCUUGUUCAUAAUCUUUCUUUCUUUGUUCUUUUAGAUUCCACGUGUAUGUGAUAAUCACAGAUUUGCAUCUCACUGAUUCAUACAAUUGGUAGAAAGGUUCGGGUCUACGAUUCUUCUUUCCUUUUUCAACACUCCCCCAUUUCAUUUCAUCCAUCUCUCCAUGUGAUUUCCAAAUCAUCAUCAAAUUGGCAGAAAAACCACAUGCUUCUUCCUCCUAAUGUUUCGAUCGCCAUUUCCCUACCUAUAACUUCCCACAAACCCUAUCUCCACUAAACUUAUCUAUACUUCAUCAUUAACUUCACCAGAAUUUCUCUUUAAUCAGCUGACCCAGAUUAGUAGAUUUAUAGAUUACGCACACACCGGCCUUGUCUUCUAAGCUUAUAUUGGGGGAUCGAAUUCGCAAUUGGAGUUUAAAAUCGAAUUCAACACUUCUCUGUGAUCGGAUUGGUGCUAUAUAUUACUGGGUGUAAAUUAGAAACGACAAUAGGACAAGUGCGAGAUCGAUCUAGGUAUUACAGAGUCAACAUUUUUGGGUUGAAGAAAUUGAACAUACAGGGGUCAAGAUUUUGGAUCCGGUCGGAAGCGUAACAGCGCCAUUAGAUGGCGCUGUUCAAACGCUUCUUUUAUCGCAAGCCGCCGGAUCGCCUCCUUGAGAUCUCCGAGCGGGUUUACGUUUUUGAUUGCUGCUUCUCGAGUGAAGUACUGGAAGAAGAUGAAUACAAGAUGUACAUGGGUGGCAUUGUUGCAGAACUCCAAGACUACUAUCCUGAUUCGUCUUUCAUGGUUUUCAACUUUAGAGAAGGCGAUAAAAGGACCCAAAUUUCAGACAUAUUAUCUCAAUACGACAUGACAGUAAUGGAGUACCCUAGACAAUAUGAAGGGUGCCCAAUGUUACCAUUAGAAAUGAUCCAUCACUUUCUUCGGUCCAGUGAAAGCUGGUUAUCAUUAGCAGGACAACAAAACGUGCUCUUAAUGCACUGUGAAAGAGGAGGGUGGCCUGUUCUUGCUUUUAUGCUUGCAGCUCUUCUUCUAUUUCGCAAACAAUACAAUGGUGAACAGAAGACUCUUGAUAUGGUAUACAAACAAGCCCCUAAAGAGCUUCUUCAUCUUCUUACACCUUUAAAUCCUCAGCCUUCACAGCUGAGGUAUCUUCAGUAUAUAUCAAGGAGAAAUUUGGGUUCUGAUUGGCCACCUUCAGACACACCUUUAGCUUUGGAUUGUAUCAUACUUCGUGUCCUUCCAAUUUUUGGUGAAAAGGGUUGUCGACCUGUUGUUCGUGUAUAUGGUCAAGAUUCAUCUUCAACAACAGCCAAUAGAAGUUCUAAGCUUUUGUUUUCAUCUUCAAAAACCAAAAAACAAGCGCGUUACUAUCAACCAGAAGAGUGUGAGCUUGUGAAGAUAGAUAUUCAUCAUCGUGUACAAGGUGAUGUUGUUCUUGAAUGCAUACAUUUGGAUCAUGUAAGAGAGGAAAUGAUGUUUAGAGUGAUGUUUCACACAACGUUUAUUCGAGGUAAUGUGCUUAUGUUGAGUCGCGAUGAAGUUGAUGUCAUGUGGGAUUCAAGAGACCAGAUUCCCAAGAACUUUAAAGCAGAGGUGAUUUUUUCGGAUGCUGAUGCUCUAUCAUCUAUGAUCAACACAGAAGGAGAAUUUGAAGAUGGGAGUGAGACAGAAAGUCCUACACCUGAAGAGUUUUAUGAUAUGGAAGAGAUUUUCAGUAAUGUAGUUGAUACGCCAGAUGCAAAAGUGGAAUCUGAAUCUGAAUUUGAAUCUGAUACUCUUUUAACUAUAAAAGACAAUGAAUCGGAUGCUGAAAAUUAUGAUAUAGUGUUGAAGGAGGAAGCACAACCUGAAAAUAAGGUGAAAAAAGGAAAUGAUUUGGGGUAUAUAAAUGGUGGUUUGAAGCUUACAGAAGUGGUUGCUAAUGAAGUUGAAAUAAAAGAUAAAGAGGAAAGGGAAGAGAGUCCGGGGAAGAAGGGUAAAGAUGGAAGAAAAGUUUCGGGAAACUCAAAGCAAAAAGGAAAGCCACCGGAAGGUCCUGUGAAUACAAGAAUUGCAAAGCCGAAUGUGGUGUCAAGGUGGAUUCCUCCUAAUAAAGGAUCGUAUACGAAUUCAUUGCAUGUGUCUUAUCCACCAACGAGGUAUAAUAGUGCGCCACCUGUCCUGGCAGAAUUGGGGGAGAAAAAAUCAGGUGAAGGUGUGAGGAAUAAAGCAGAGAAUGGAUCAAAGAAAGAUGUUAAAGUGGGCGAGUCUUCACCUGUUCGGCGAUCUGGUAAGUCUCUGGGUUCUGGUGCCUUGAAAGAUCUUGUUGGAAUUUUGGAAGAGAAUUCAGUGAAGGUUACUACUCCACCUCCUACACCACUGCCGCCAGUAGCAAGCAGGGCAUCUCCACCUCCACCACCACCACCUCCUCCUCCUCCACCUCCACCACCUAGCUCAUAUGACAUCUAUAUUGAUGAUGAAGUUGUGCCUGCUUCUCCACCUUUGCCUCCUAAACAGGUUGCACCUCCACCUCCACCUCCACCCCCACCACCACCUCCAAUGUAUGCAGCCGCAUCUCCUCCACCGCCACCACCACCACCACCUCCACCUCCACCUCCAAUGUAUGGAGCCCCAUAUUCUCCAUCUCCACCUCCACCCCCACCACCACCUCCAAUGUAUGCAGCUGCACCUCCUCCACCACCCCCACCCCCACCCCCACCUCCCAUGUAUGCAGCCACAUCUCCUCCACCACCACCACCACCCCCACCUCCAAUGUAUUCAACUUCAUAUCCUAGUUAUAAUACCCCAUUACCGCCACCGCCACCACCACCACCACCGCCCAGGUAUGGAGCUCCAUCUCCACCGCCCCCACCCCCACCCCCACCCCCAAUGUAUGGAGGAGCCCCAUCUCCACCUCCACCACCGCCACCACCACCUUUCUCACGAGGUACUGCACCACCACCACCACCACCUCCUCCUCCAAAGUAUGAUUCCCCAUCACCACCUCCACCACCACCACCACCACCGCUACCUCCUUCGCGAAGUGCUCCAUUCCCACCUCCUCCUCCACCACCUCCCCCUAUGUCGACAUACGGAGCUCCAUCUCCACCGCUUUAUGCUGCACGUGGACCUCCACCCCCACCUCCACCUCCACCUCCACCACCAACCCAUGGAGUCCCUACCCCACCUCCUCCUCCAAUGCGUGGACCCCCACCCCCACCACCUCCACCUAUGUAUGGAAACCCACCUCCACCUCCCCCACCUCCGUUCCGAGGAGCACCACCUCCUCCACCAAUGUCUGGUGGUGGUCCACCACCACCACCUCCACCAAUGCGGGGACCACCGCCUCCACCACCUCCACCUGGAGGAGGCCGUGCGCCUGGACCACCACCUCCGCCCCCUCCUCCUGGAGGCCGUGCACCUGGACCACCACCUCCACCCCCUCCUCCUGGAGGCCGUGCACCUGGACCACCACCACCGCCCCCUCCUCCUGGAGGCCGUGCACCUGGACCACCACCACCACCCCCUCCUCCUGGAGGCCAUGCACCUGGACCACCACCACCGCCCCCUCCUCCUGGAGGCCGUGCACCUGGACCACCACCACCACCUCCACCUGGAGGCCGUGCACCUGGUCCACCUCCUCCACCUGGACCACCAAGACCUCCAGGAGUUGGGCCACCACCACCUCCACCGGGAGGUCGUGCGCCUGGACCUCCAAGUUUUGGGCCUCCACCACCACGGGGUAGAGGACUUGCCCGCCCUGCUGGAAUGGCUGCAGCACCACGGAGAUCAAACUUAAAGCCACUCCAUUGGAGCAAAGUCACCAGGGCUUUGCAAGGUUCCUUGUGGGAAGAAUUGCAAAGGCCUGGCGAAACCCAAAGUGCAGCAGAUUUUGAUGUGUCAGAACUUGAGACACUGUUCUCAGCCAUUGUCCCAAAAAAAGAUACUUCUAAAGGAGGAGGACGCCGCAAGUCUACUGGCUCAAAAACUGAAAAAAUCCACUUGAUGGAUUUGAGGAGAGCCAAUAACACAGAAAUCAUGCUCACCAAGGUUAAGAUGCCACUUCCUGACAUGAUGGCUGCAGCUUUAGCUAUGGAUGAAUCAAUCUUAGAUGCUGAUCAAGUAGAGAAUCUUAUCAAGUUUUGUCCUACUAAAGAAGAAAUGGAGCUUCUGAAGAAUUAUACAGGUGACAGGGAUAUGUUGGGCAAGUGUGAACAGUUCUUCUUGGAGCUCAUGAAGGUGCCACGUGUCGAAUCUAAAUUACGAGUUUUUCUGUUCAAAAUACAGUUUAACACCCAGCUUUCUGAGUUUAAGAAGAGUUUAAACACUGUAAAUUCUGCAUGUGACGAGGUCAGGACUUCUGUGAAAUUAAAGGAGAUCAUGAAACGGAUUUUGUAUUUAGGGAAUACAUUAAAUCAAGGAACUGCAAGAGGUUCUGCAGUUGGUUUCAAGUUAGACAGUCUUUUGAAACUAACAGAUACACGUGCUUCCAACAGCAAAAUGACUUUAAUGCAUUACCUCUGCAAGGUUCUUGCUGCCAAAUCACCUGCCCUUUUGGAUUUUCAUGUGGAUCUUGUUAGUCUCGAGGCUGCAACUAAGAUACAAUUGAAGUCUUUAGCAGAAGAAAUGCAGGCCAUUAUUAAGGGUCUGGAGAAGGUCAGACAAGAACUCGAUGCUUCUGCAAACGAUGGCCCUGUCUCUGAAGUUUUUCAUAAAACACUGAAUCAGUUUAUCAGCAUUGCUGAGUCAGAAGUGGGGUCCGUAACAAAUUUGUAUUCUGUGGUGGGUAGAAAUGCUGAUGCAUUGGCAUUAUAUUUUGGUGAAGAUCCUGCACGUUGCCCUUUUGAACAAGUUACACAGACCCUUUUGAACUUUGUGAGGCUGUUUAGAAAAGCUCAUGAAGAAAACUAUAAACAAGCUGAACUAGAAAAGAAGAAGGCUCAGAAAGAGGUUGAAAUGGAGAGGGCAAAGGGUAUUAACUUAACAAAAAAAUAAAUAUAAUAAAAUUACAACAAGAAUAUAUGCAAAGCAUGUUGAUGAAUGAUGAUACCCACUACCCCACACACCUAGAAAGAAAGUCAAAGGGUGUUUGUUGACCAAAGGAACCUGAAAAGGGUAUGUUUGUCCAUGCACAUACACAUACACAUACACAUACACCCACAGUUCCUGCAAACAGCUCUGAUCUCUGCUGUAAAUAAAAUACAAAGACACAUGGCAUGAUUUGGUGUUUCGAGGUGAAGAAAAAGACUUGAUGAAGAAAAUAUGUUGACAAGAAUGACAAUGACCCUACCUAGAGAUUAUUAUUAAUAACAAUAACAAUGUAGAUUAUAUUAACCAUGUAUAUAUGUCUGCUAACCUAAUACUAACAUAACAUCCAUAUUUGAUUAUUCACUUUGUAUCAUUAGGGAGAAAUUGGUUAUAUUAGAGUUUUUGACAAGAAAACUGGCCAUAAAAUUUGUUGUAUAUAGAACUAGUAGGUAUAGGCCACUCUCGGUGUAAGUAAUGUUGUAACAAAAUUGAGAUUUAGACACAUUUUGUUUGUUUCAAUUUCACAUAAUUGUUGGGUGAGUGA